UACAAUUGAAGGUUCCGAACCUCAUCAAUGCAUCAUUUCGCGCCUUGAGGCCACAGAAUUUUGUGAUAAUCAAGUGAAUAUCCCUAUACCAAUUUCACCAUCAGACAGGGAUUCUGCACAGCAGAACCAGUAUCAAUCCUCUCGAGGUUCUACGUAUUGAUAGGUGAUCCGCGCUUCACCACAACUUGCGGAUAUGAGUCACGCACACAGCGUGGAUAGGCUCUUCACGCUAGGCCUCGUGCUUCGCACCCUAGAACGAAACACGCGGCAGACAACCUGGAAGCUUCUUAACAGAAGCAUGUGACGCUUAUUUACCCACUGCCUUGAUUUUAUCUCGAAUCACCCAGAUUCUCUCUAGCAUGUCUGCCAAAGGCAAAGAGAAGAUGACCGCUACGGCGACGGACCGCAUCGAAGGGAUGCCGCCAUCUAAGGACGGCGUACUCAAGCAGUCCAUCCCUCGCAGGAUGCAGCCAAACGCUGUGCAGAGGACGGCAUCUUUUACUUCUCUUCCAAAGCCUCCUCCUUCGCCUUCUAUUGCAAAUCGAACCAACGGCAAUACUAUGCAACCAUCGUUGCCGAACAAUCCGCACAUAUCCUUUGCGCGACAAACAUUGUCUGGCACUCCCUCCCCACAAGAGCUAAAUGGAUACUCUGUCACAAACCCCAGCACACGCUCUGGAGCUUCCGUCGCUCCUCGGGAUUUUGCCCAUGAGGAGCUGGAGCUUCUUCAUGACAGCAUCAGUGACGUCCGGGGAAGAAGCAAUGAUCAUGAACUUCGCACGGCCCCAAUCAUAACCCGUGAUGCAUACGUUGCGGCAGGUUAUCGUGAAGGUGCCACUCAGUAUGGCGUCUUAGGCAGUAUUUUGUCCAUCCACAAUAAAAAUAAUGUUCCAUACAGACCAGUAAAUCCUCAGCUCUAUGUGAACACGAAUGCACCUUUCUCUGCUGUGGUCUGUGGGGUUCAGGGCUCGGGGAAGUCCCACACAGUUUCUCUGCUUCUCGAGAGCAUGUUUAUUCCGAAUAUGCGCUCUACUGGUACCCUGCAGAAGCCAUUGUCAGGGCUCGUUCUCCACUUUGGAGAAGGGGGUCCCAGCUCUCGACCUAGUGAAGCUGCAUGGAUCAGCUCAUCCCACUUUCCCGGUGUACAAACGCCGUCCGUCAAGGUUUACGUUUCACGUUCUUCUCUGAAUACCAUGAGGGCUGUCUAUGCGCCUCUGGGUGAUGGGGUCACUGUCGAACCACUGUUCUUCAGUCAAGAUGAGUUGGAUGCACAAGCUUUUCUGUCCAUGAUGGCUGUCGGCUCCUCUGAAUCAGCUCCGCUCUAUAUUCAGGGUAUUUUGUCGAUCCUCCGUGACCUUGGGGAAAACUUUACCUACCCCGAAUUUAUGCGGCAGUUGGAUGUGAAGAAGGAGUCGUUUAACAAUAUGCAGCUCGCAGGUCUUGAGCAGAGGAUGGCGCUACUCACCUCCUUCAUGAGCCCAAACAUGAAACCGCAGACCCGCUUCGCAGAAUCGCAGCUCACGAUCAUUGAUUUAUCAGACCCGUUCAUCGACCCAGCGUCAGCAUGUGGACUAUUUGAAAUCAUCACGCGUUUGUUUGUCAGAGCAGACGUGGGGACUGGGAAAGUGCUGGUAGUUGAUGAAGCACACAAGUAUCUGUCGCCCACGAAAAGCUCCUCUGGCUUGACUAAGUCUCUCCUGACAUUAACCAGGGAGCAGCGUCACCUAGCGAUGCGCGUCGUCAUCAGCACACAAGAACCUACAGUCGUGCCACCCGUUCUGCUUGACCUAUGUACUGUCACGAUUUUGCACCGGUUCUCUUCCCCGUCGUGGUGGGAGCAUCUGGCAAAGCAUGUAUCAGCCGACAUAUCAGCAGAAGACGCUUUUGAUCGCGUUGUUAGACUGCAGACUGGUGAAGCGAUUGUGCUUGCAGCCUCUGGUCUGGGAGUAUUUCCAGAUACACCCGAUACUGCCAGGACGGGACAUAUAGCCCCAGUGCCGAAACUCGGACAAUUCGGUCGCCGCUACGUGCUCAUGAAGACUAGACGUAAGAUAACGAGAGAUGGCGGGGCGUCAAUACUCGUGGUUGAUGGCUGAGUCGGACGCAGAGCGAUGUUGACAGGGGGUUCAUCGUUCCCGCUCUUGCAGAUACGGCAAAGUUGGUGAUUAGUGCAU